CGCAGGAGCCAAUGAGAGCGCGCAGAAGCGCGACCCUGGGGCUGUGGCUCCUGGCGCGGCCUUUGAAAGGGAAACUGUCGCUGGGGAGCCAUGGUGAGGCCGGGAUCCUCCGCUGCCGACGCCGCGGCAGGCCUUAUCUAAAAGCCAGGAAUAAUUGCCCAAAUCCACCACCUUCUAAAUCUACCAUUAAACCCAAAAAGGAUGUUACCAACCGUGCUGUUUUGCCUGUCAAAGUUACAAGGCCCAUCAGCAUUAAACUCCAGUCCAGACCAGCUAAUGUCACAGCGUCCCAGAAGCCAAAGUCAGAGGCACCAAAACUUGUGGGCAAAAGUCUGACUUCAAGAGGGGUUUCUUCUAACCCAGACUGUAAACCUUCUAGCAAGAGUCACCAGCAGCAUGAAGCUGGAUCAUCCACUAAAGGGAAACUCUCAAGAAAACCCUUGAGGUCAUCUAAUGCACAGGGACCGAAAAUUACAAAGCAGCAAGCAACAGGUCAAACAAAUGCAAAAUGCACAGAUUCUAUGGGUAGCACCCAUGUUGAAAACAAAUCUUUGCGUGGCUUGCUUAAAGAGCUGAACAAAGAGAAUUUGCCUCAAACCUUAUCAGAACCUGAGAAGAAGCCAGAUCCUGUAUUAAGUACAAUAAGUAAGCCGAAGACUAACUCUUACAAUCAAACCAAGAGCAAAGUGACUCCUAAACAAGUCUUGGGCAAAAGGUUGGUGAAUAGUGCUAUUCUCAAAGAUAAGGUAAAUGAACAAUUUGUUAGAAAAACACAAGUAAGGACUCUACCAGUAAAGUUACAGCAACUCUCUAAAGGAGCAGAGCUUGCCAGACCAGAAAAACCCCCAAGGACAGUUCCGUCUCACUUCAUUCAGACCCUUAGUAGGACUCAAGCAUCAAAGAAACCGGUGGUCAAGAACAUAAAGGAUGUAAAGCUUAACACGGGUAAAUACGAACGACCACAAGAAACUAAGGUACAGUCAUACACUGUUACUAAAGAGAAAGUAAAACCUGCCAAACCCAGGACAUGCUCCAGUUCACUGCAGGGAGGACCUGACAACAGACAUCCAAACGUCAAGCAAGAUCAGAAGUCCACUCAACCUUGUUUUAGGCCCCAGACAUGUGUACUGCAAAAAUCAAAAUCCAUAAACCAGAGGCCUAAUUUGACAGCUGGCGGCUUGAGCUCAGUCUUUCCUGCCACUCCCAGCAUGAGGGCAAAUAGAACCAACAGCUUUCAACAAAGAGCACAGACUUUGGACCCCAAGUUGAAAAAGACUGUUCCCCAGAAGCAUUUCCUGAGCAAGACAGCUCCCAAAACUCAAGCUAGUGUCACAACCAGAAAUGGGAGAGGAGUCCCAGAUGGUACCCAAACUAAUCCAAAUAUUAAAAAGACAACAGCAGAGGAUCGAAGAAAACAGCUGGAAGAAUGGCAGAAAUCUAAGGGGAAAAUCUAUAAACGGCCUCCUAUGGAAUUUAAAACAAAAAGAAAAGCAAUAGAGGAAAUGAAUAUUUCAUUCUGGAAGAGCAUUGAGGAAGAAGAGGAAGAAAAAAGAGCACAGCUGGAACUGUCCAAUAAGAUUAGCAGCACUCUGACAGAAUGUCUGAGGCUCAUUGAGGAGGGUGCACUUUCUAAUGAAAUAUUUACCAUUUUGUCCAACAUUCCUGAGGCUGAAAAAUUUGCUAAAUUCUGGAUCUGCAAAGCAAAGCUAUUGGCAAGAAAAGGCACCUUUGAUGUUAUUGGGCUAUACGAAGAAGCCAUUAAAAAUGGAGCAAAACCAAUACAAGAGUUGCGGGAAGUUGUUCUUAAUAUUUUGCAAGAUCAAAACAGAGCUACAGAAGGAACUGCCUCUGACUCUGUAGCUCCUGCAGCUACCAUCAGAUCGAUGGAAGCGCUGGCCGCGAAGAUGGAAUCUGGAGAGCCCUGUCUCCCUCCAGAAGAGAGGGACCAGGUUCCAGCAACGCCCCAAAUAACCAAGGCAGGACAGGAUAAUCACCCUGGUAUCAAGUUACAGAUCUCUUCCAUCCCGAGAAUAAGCGGGAUGCCGGAAGUGCAAGACAUGAAGCUUAUCACUCCUGUGCGGCGUUCAGCGAGGAUCGAGCGGGCCGUGUCGCGCUACCCGGAAAUGCUGCAGGAGCACGAUUUGGUAGUGGCUUCUCUUUCCGAGCUAUUAGAAGUGGAAGAAACAGAAUGCUUUGUAUUCCGUAAAAACGAAGCCUUGCCUGUUACAUUAGGGUUUGAAACCCUUGAAUCAUAAUUUCUUAAUGCUUUUUUUAAAAAAAAAAAAAAAAAAAACUCUUCAGAGUCUCCAUCAGAACCCUUGUCCAGAUGACGUGAAAAAGUCAUGUAACAGUAAGACAUCAUGGACGCAGGUUAUGGACUUACGAAGGUUAUGGACUUACGCAGUCUUGGGACUUAGGAAGUAAUUCACUGGAUUUACUCUCCAAUUUUAUAUCCCCAUGGGAAAGUCUUCAGUUUAUGUUUAAGACUGUAGUUCGCUAUAGUUUUACAACAUAAGGAAAUUUCAAAGUAUUGAACAGAAUUUCCCCCACCACUGUGGAAGCAAUUUGCACUUUACUGAAAUACUUUAAUUUCACUGUAGUUAUUUUCCAUAUCUGAAGGUUGGUGCUGCAGCAGAAUGGACUUUCCUUUCGGCAUCCACCGUAGCAGAGGAGGCCAGGUCUUGUAGGCGGAAGAGUGGAGGUUUGAAACUAGCAUGCCAGGCUGGAAGGUCACACCCCUCAUGUUACAGCUGAGCUUAUGCUGGCUGUGCCUCCCUUCACUCAGAGAUCACAUGGGUGACCCCUGACUUCCGUCGCAGCAUCCCUGCCGACAAGGGGUAAUUCUUGUCCCUUCUGGCCCAGGUCUUCUGGAACAAAACAUGGCCCUACAUUGAGGUGGUCAUCUAGCUUUUUAUAUCCAAAUCUAAGUUUGCAUUUGUUGUUCAGAAACACUCAAGUUAAAACAAAAGAGGGUAAACAAGAAGGGUGGAAAGGGGGCAGUUACUUCUUCACGUCUAGUCUUUGCUCUGCCAGGGGACAGCUGGCCUGAGACGACAGUGUGAGCCCCAGAGACUGUGACACAUUUUGCUUUUUCUAAACUCUUGGGGAAACUGCACUUGGAAAGGUAAAAUCAGAAUCAUUAUGUAAAUAUAAUGUAUAGAAAAGCCUAGUUAAUACAUUUCAAAUUUCAGCUUAUUGUUUAAGUAUUAUCUUUAAAAAGAACAUUAAAUUGUUGUUCAUCCUU